AUGUCUGACGACCUGCGCAAAGGACUGCUCUCGAGCCGGUUCAGAAGCGCAGAGCCCCUCUUAGGUAUCAGCGAAGACGGCGCGGCUCCGGCGGAAGCGGCUCCAGCCCAAGCGGCCCCGACGCCGCCUUGCUACUGGAACCAGUUUUUCCACUCCAACCAGCAAAUCCCUGCGCGUGCCCGGGGUCUCCGGUUCAACGUCUACCAGUCUUUGCCCCGAGCUGCAGAUUCCAGUGAGUCCGUGCCCGUUUUCGUGUUCCAUCACGGCGCAGGCUCGUCUGCGCUCACGUUCGCGCCUCUUGCUCGCGAACUGACCUCCCGUACCAACUGCGGCACUUUUGCGUUCGACGCGCGUGGCCAUGGACUCACUACGCCUCUGCGCGAUCAGGACUCCGUCUCGUUUUACAAUGCGGAUUUCGCGCAAGAUUUCCAGUUCCUCAUCGAACAGCUCCGUCUCAAUUGCCAGGAUUCUCUCCCCGGCGUGAAUCUGCGCUUCGUUUUGGUAGGACACAGUCUCGGUGGCAGCAUAUGCGCUUCCGUUUUCUCAGAGCUCACUCCGGAAACACGGGCGCUCGUCACGGGCGUUGCAGCUCUCGACGUUGUAGAGGAAGCCGCUGUCGCAGCAUUGGCGUCUGUCGACACGUUUCUGGCCAAAACCCCGUCCGUAUUCCCCAACAUGACAGACGCUAUCGACUGGCACAUUAAAAAGGGUUAUUCCAAUUGCCGCGCCAGUGCCGAGAUUGCCAUUCCGGCUCUCUUCCGUCCAUUGCCUUCUGGGAAAGUGGUGCGCAUUACAAACUUGCAAGUUUUCCGACCCUAUUGGCAUACCUGGUUCACAGGGUUUUCCAGCAGGUUUGUCGACCUUCCAACGGCAAAGCUCCUGAUGUUGGCAGGAAGCGAUCAUCUCGACAAACAACUCAUCGUCGGCCAAAUGCGCGGCAAAUUUCAACUCGUCGUAUUUCAAGAGUCGGGCCAUUUUAUUCAGGAAGAUACAUCGAUCAAGACUGCUAUAACGCUGUUGGAUUUCUAUAAGAGAAACGGAUCCAAAACCGUCGUUAUAAAGACCAACUGGAAAUCUAGAAAUGUCAAAACACACAAUAGCUCUUGA